AUGAUUCUAUGGGGAAUGCUGGAUCAUAACAAGGGGCUGCAUUGCCUCCAGGAAGGUAUUUCUUUUCUUCUAGCUCCUGUGAUUGUUGUGUCACCAAAGAAAAUUCACAAUGUCACUGGAGUCCAGGUGUAUCUCUCCUGUGAAGUAAAGGCUGUGCCCACUCCUAUCAUCACUUGGAGAAAGGUCUCAGAAUCACCCAAAGGAGUCAAACUUAUGGAGGAACUGCCUGGAGACAGAGUGAACAUGGCCGUACAAGUUCGGGGAGGACCUUCCCAACACGAGGGCACAGCGUGGGUUUUGAUUAACCCACUAAUGAAGGAAGAUGAGGGCAUCUACCAGUGUCAUGCUACCAACAUGGCCGGAGAGGCACAUGCAGAUGGAAGUAUCACAGUGAUAGAGCAGAACAAAAGUAAGAAGGCAUCUCUCCUGGCAUGGGACAACCCUUCCUAGAAGGGAGAAAGCAUUUGUUCUUUCAAGAGGAGCUGCGCUGUGGAGUACAAGCUAAAAACAGUCAGAUAGUG